UUACAUUCUUCCGACAGUUAGAUCUAGCAAGUUACGGCAGCCUGUGUACGGGCAUGUCGAUGGGAUGGACGUCCCCAGUCCUACCACAACUGCACAGCAAUUCUCCUCUACCGCGGGAGCCUACGCUUCAGGAGGAGUCCUGGAUAGCCUCGCUGCUCGUGCUAGGAGGGUUAUUGGGUCCUCUAAUCACAGUGCCUCUGUCUCGUCACAUCGGGCGGCGCUGGAUAAUAAUGGGCUCCAACAUUCCUUUGCUACUGGGGUGGCUUCUGGCAGGCGUCACCACUAACUUGGAGACGCUUUACGUCGCCAGGAUCAUGUGGGGAUGUGCCACAGGCAUGCAGUUUGCAACUGUGCCGAUCUAUAUUGGAGAAAUUGCUGAGGACAAAAUUCGUGGUGCUCUUAGCGCGUUCUUUCUGCUCUUCAUCAACAUCGGCUUUCUGCUGGCGUAUGCGAUAGGGCCAUUCACCACCUACUGGGGGCUGACAGCCACUGGUGGUAUCCUCUCGUUGUUCUACAUACCUUUCACAUGGUUUAUACCAGAGACGCCAUUCUAUCUCGUUUAUAAAGGUAACAUUGAGGGUGCGUCCACCGUAUUGCAGAGUCUUCGCGGAACUACAAAGGAAGGUGUUCAGGCAGAACUGGAGGGACUGCAGGCGAUAGUCACCAGAGAGUUCAAGGAAGAGCCCAAGAUACAAGACCUGUGGGCGACAAGGGGCAAUGUCAAGGCUCUAGGUAUUUGCGUAUUCCUGGCGAUGUUACUCCAACUGUCCGGCAUCGACGUCCUUUUGUUCUACAUGGAGGAGCUGCUCUCUAAAGUGGGCACCACGCUCUCGCCAUCAGACGGCACCAUCAUUAUGGGAGUCGUACAGGUAGUGACAAGUUGUGUAACGCCUCUGGUGGUAGACCGUCUUGGAAGGAAAUUGUUGAUGUGGACCACUUCACUUGGACUCACAAUAUUUCUCACUCUAAUAGGCGUAUACGCGCUGAUCGACUCGUACUUCAAGGUGGAUGUGUCAUCGGUCGCUUUCUUACCGCUGUUAUGUCUCAUUGUAUACAUGGUGCUCUUCACUCUGGGUGUGGGCCCUGUGCCGUGGAUCCUGGUGGCGGAGAUGUUCCCGGUCAAAACGAAAUGUCUCGCCAGUGGCAUCUGCUCCUUUAUGUGUUGGUUGGCUGGAUUCGUAUGGACAAGAUUCUUCCGCGACGUAGCGGCAUCGUACGGCAUCUACACAGCGUUCUGGAUCCUGGCCGUAUGUUGCGGGAUCGGCUUUAUAUUCUCAGCCACGUUGCUUCCGGAAACCAAAGGGAAGACUUUUGAUGAAAUACAAGAUAUGCUUAACAAUAGGACACCAGAAGCAAAACCAGCAGAAGUAUAG